AUGCCUCGUGGUCAGAAGAGUAAGCUCCGUGCUCGUGAGAAACGCCGCCAGGCUCGAAGUGAGCCCCAAGAUCUCAGUGUUGCUCAGGCCUUUGCAGCAGAGGGAAAAGAGAUACCAUCCUCUUCCUCUGCUAUUAACAAGGGUGCUUCCCAGAGCACCCCUGCUGCAAGCGGUCCUGGGAAGUCUGGGAAAGGCCGAUCCACCCGCUCAGGUGCCAAGAGCCAAGAUGAAGAGCGUCCAAGCACCUCCAGUGCUCUACCUCAGAGCUUAGGGAAUGAUCCUCUGACCAGGAAGACGGGCAUGUUGGUGCAGUUUCUGCUAGAAAAGUACAAGAUGAAAGAGCCCAUCCGGAGGUCAGACAUGCUGAAGCUUAUGAACAAAAAGUUCAGAGAGCACUUCCCAGAAAUCCUGCGGAAAACCACUGAGCGCAUGGAGCUGGUGUUUGGCCUGGAGCUGAAAGAAGUUGACCCCAAAGGUCGCUACUUUGAGCUCUCCGGCAAGCUCAGCCUUACCAGUGAAGUGGGCCAGAGCGAUGGCAGGGGCUUCCCCAAGAAUGGGCUCCUGAUGCCUCUUCUAAGUGUGAUCUUCAUGAAUGGCAACCGUGCCUCUGAGGAAGAGAUGUGGGAAUUCCUGAAUGUGUUGGGGAUAUAUGAUGGCAUUAAGCACUUCAUCUUUGGGGAGCCCAGGCAGCUCAUCACCAAAGAUUUAGUGCAGGAAAAGUACCUGGAGUACCAACAGGUGCCCGGCAGUGAUCCUCCACGCUAUGAGUUCCUAUGGGGUGCAAAAGCCCAUGCUGAAACGAGCAAAAUGAAAGUCCUGGAGUUUUUGGCCAAGGUCAAUAAUACCGUUCCCAGUUCCUUCCAGUCCCGGUAUGAGGAGGCUUUGAGAGAUGAGGAAGCGCGAGCCCGAGUGAGUAUUACAGCUGGGGCUCGUGCCACUGCCCAGGCCAGCACCAGUGCCACUGCCCGGGCCAGCACCAGUGCCACUGCCCGGGCCAGCACCAGUGCCACUGCCCGGGUCAGCACCAGUGCCACCGCCCGGGCCAGCACCAGCACUACUGCCCGGGCCAGCACCAGCGCCACUGCCCGGGCCAGCACCAGCACUACUGCCCAGGUCAGCACCAGUGCCACUGCUCAAGCUACCACCAGCACUACUGCCCAGGCCAGCACCAGCGCUACCGCCAGAGCCAGCACCAGCACCACCAUCCAAGCCAGCACCAACACUACCGCCCAAACCAGCACCAGCACUACCGCCCAGGCCAGCACCAGCACCACCAUCCAAGCCAGCACCGACACUACUGCCGGAGCCAGCACCAGCACCACCAUCCAAGCCAGCACCAGCACUACCGCCCAAGCCAGCACCAGCACUACCGCCCAGGCCAGCACCAGUGCCACUGCCCAAGCCAUCACCCACUCCAAGGCCACAUCUAAAUCCUCCCAGCCCUAG